AUGUAUGCAAUGUUGAAUCACGAUCAACGUUCAGUAGCAGAUGCAAUUCUUGCACGUCAUGGUAAACAAUCAAUCACCACUGCUGGCUCAUGUUUCUUUAUUGAUGGUCCUGGAGGUACAGGGAAAACCUACCUUUAUAACACCCUGUACCAUUUAUUCAUGGGACAAGGAGUCCACGUUAUGACAGUUGCAUGGACAGGAAUUGCUGCAAGUUUAUUGCCUCAAGGAAGAACUGUACAUAGUCGUUUCAAGCUUCCUGUACCUAUAUUAGAAACAUCUACAUCAAGUAUUCGACCAAACAGUAAGAAAGCUGCUGAGAUUAGAAGGAUUCAAGUUUUUAUCUGGGACGAAGCACCAAUGGCUCCAUGCUAUGCUCUCAAUGCAGUUGAUAUUUUGCUGAGAGAUAUAAUGAACAUCGAUGCACUUUUUGGAGGAAAAAUUAUGAUGCUCGGUGGAGAUUUUCGACAAGUUCUUCCAGUCAUUCGAUUUUCAAACAGAGCCGAUUUAAUUGCAGCAAGUCUCAAAAGUUCCAACCUUUGGCCUUAUUUCAAAGUCAUGCAUCUACACCAGAACAUGAGAACAGGACCAGGUGAAGAAGAGUUCUCAAAGUGA